AUGGCCUUUCCCAGCACAGACAAUGCUUUGUGUCCCACAAAGGAAGCUCUCAUCCAGGCUCUGGGGCCCCGUUUGGCCCUCAGCGGCCCCCCCAAAGCUCAAAAAGGCCCCCGGAGCCGCCCUACCACAACCUGCGGAGGUGCCAAGAGGAACAUCUGUGUGACUCGGGUCGAAGAGACCUCGCUGAGCUUCUCACACUGA